ACGGUUGUGUUGUUCGGAGAGCGGAUCAGAGACCAUUGUGGCGGGGUGCCUGCUCGGCUCUGCUCCAUGACUUCAACUCGUGUCUUCUACCUCCGUGGGUUCCAUCUCUCUCUUGGUGGUUGUGUCGUCGUUGACAUUCAGAGACGUCUGCCAGAUCGCCUAUGGCCAGGUCGUUUCUUGUCGCCAUAGCGGAGCUGAGGACUGCAGGUUGACACCACUACGGGUAUUCGAGGAGUUACCUUCGAGUUCGAACCUCGACGUCAAGAGGUUAUCCGCUGGGUAGUCUUGCCGAUUGGUUGCAAGCGAGUUUUGCAGUUGCAAGCGUUUCCUGCGGCACCACGUGAGAGGAAAAGCGGGCUUGUACAUGAUUGGUAAUUGAAGCUGCAGUUUAUCUUUCUCUCCCCUCUUUUCAUCGUUUUUUCCCUUGCUGGUGCUGGCAAGACGGCGGGCGAGCGACGACGUUGACCUAGUUGUACAAUACUGCAGCGUGUUAAGGAAUUCUGGCUUUUGGGAAGCCUGAAGCGACGGGUUGACAGUACUGCUGUUAAUACCGUCUAUAUAGAUAUCUUGUAUCAUAUCAGUUCUUGAUGAGGCGCCUCUCCGUUCCUGCAGUAGUCCUCUUUUGGGAAGCCUGCAGCUUUUGCAGAAACUGCAGCGUUCUAAGGAGCUGUGGCUUAGUAAAGAACUCUGGCGUCUUACACCAGCAGCGGCGGGAAUGGAACUCUGGCUUGUUAAGGGCGUCGACUCGCAGCCAAUCAACGGAAGACAACUCAGCCUCAGCGUCCACGUUAGCGUCCACCGUGACCCUGAAGUCGCAGCUUCGGGUUCUGUACAAACUCGUCCAUCCAGAUUUGUUUCAAGAUCGCCCUACAGAGCGGGCAGCAAACGAGAAGUCGUUUAAGUUGUUACAGGAGUAUUUGUCACAAGCGCAAUCUGGUUCUCGAACUUUAGCAUCGGAAUUUAAAUUCGAGUUCUAUUUGCGUCCUCCGCCUGCGUCUGAGGACGCUGAAGAGGAACAUAAUAGCUUAGGUGAGAAGCCAGAGGAAAGUGAUCUCCAGAGAGUCCUUGUCUCCUUGCCUGGACCAGAGCCAUGCUUUUCAGGAGAGAUUUCCACCGCAACGAGGCGCUCCUUGAGGCGACUCCUCAUUGCCUGUGGAGUGCCCCCUUUUGCUGAUCCGGAACUUGAGUGGAUUGAAAAAUUUGGUGCCUUGUCUGCAACGGUAAGGGACUGGGAUAACGACAACGGGAGUGCAAGUCCUUUCGGUACCAGGGCGUGGAGUGGCAGUAGAGCGAGAAGCAGCAGUACUGUUAAGGAUGGACAAGUGGGGCUCACAGAGUUUUUCCUGCAGGCAAGUGAAAUACAGAGACAGAACGACGUUGUCACAAUCACCUCCGAACGCCACUGCAUUCUGGUACGUAACGCAUUACGUAUGGGGCGCGGUGUUGUUGCUUCAUUCCGUUAUCCCCUAUCAGAACAGUCAUUUGCUGCAAAGGCUGAUGCUCUCCAAAAGCUUGGUCGUGCUCUGGAUAAGGCUCCUUCAUUGGAUCUUGUGGGAUGCGCUUUUGUCUUGGGAGAUUGCUAUGGCAUCGAUCCAGUGGGUAAUAUCUGGGUCAAUGCAGGCGAUGAAGAGGACGAGUGGGCAAAGUGGCUUUCGCACAUCGACGUUAACAGGUCGAGGACCAACAAGAUGGCACAUUUAGCGAGGAAGGGAAAGGAGAGGGAUCUGGCUGAAGCCAUGCAAGUGGAGAUGGUAUUUGCGGAUAAUGCGACUGGGGCAUCGCCGGGGUACGAAGACUUUCUGGCACGGAUGAGUGCCAGUGCAGGUGUGGUUGGUGCGGUUGGCGGUGGCAGAUUUGUCGAUCUCCCAGUGCGAGUUGUUCGGUCCUCGGCUGGUCUGCUUCAAAAUUCAGGCAAUUGGAGGCCAGUCGGUGAAGAGGGGUUUGGUGUCGACUUGUCGAUGGGCCUUGUGACAGUGCCUAUCAGUGUCGAACUACCCACAAUUUAUGAGUUCAUUGAACAGAGUGGAGGAGAGGCAAUGCUUCAUCGAAAGCGAUACAAGCAAAGCGAGCAAUCGUUAAGAGAGUUAGUGUUGCAUGUGAGGCAGAAGCUGAGGCUUCGACACCUAUCGAGUGAUGAGUGUGUUACGCAAGAGGAGUUCUUGCAUUGUUGUAAUCGACUUCUUCGACACGCUGCAGUUUUACGGCCCCUUCUGGAGGGGCUUUGUUUGCAUGUAUCUGAUAAAUACAAGCUUCCCAAAGAGGGGGAUGUGCCUCUCGUGCAUCUCAAGUGGAGCUUCAGCUUGAGUGAUUUAUGACCCAAUUACCUCUCCUCCUCCCAUCUAUUGUCUCUCUCCCCCUUCCCCUUUCCUCCCUUCGCGAUCGAGUGUCAACUUUGGCUUUGUAGACUGGUAGAGUUUACGUGCGGUUGUUGGCUUGUGAACACUCCGAUAUGACGAGAGUUCACAUGUGGAAAGGUUAGUGUGAAGGACUGGUUGGGCCUCAGUGUGCUGCCCGCCAAAUGCGUAAAAUGGUGAGUGUCUUUUCAGCUACAAGGUGGAAAGCAUGGCAGCGGCGGACAAGUAAACCGGACAAGUCCGGAAACUGGACUACGGAAUUCCCGGUUCGAUCCGGUCGUCCGGAUUUCCGGUAUUUUCCGGUUAAUCCGGACAUGUCUGGACCAACCUGUCCGGGUCCCUGUCCGGAUGGGUAUAUAUGUCCGGAUUAUUAAAAAAAAAGAAAAAAAAAAGGGCAAAUCGUGCCAAGUACAAAGUGCUAUGCAAAGUUGCAAACACUGAAAACAAUGAAAAGCCUGAAAAGGC